UGAUCACACAAACAUAUGUCAAUAUAUUGGCAUCGCAAAUUAUUGCACAAAAAACAGAUGAAAUGUCGUUUUAUCGUCUAUAGAAAAAAAUAUAUGUUGAGCUAAAACUGUAUUGCUACUUAUAUAAUUCAAAAUAUAGAAAAUUUCUGUUGAAAACCUAAAGUACAUGCACUUAUAGGCUUCUCUAUAUAGCUUUACUAUAUAACUUGAACUUUCAAAGUAAUCCCUCUUUAUAUGUAAGUACGCAUUACUUCAAAAUUGAACGUACAGAUAAUAUAUACAUACAUCGCAUACUGAAUUUCUUGGAAAAUUGAUAAAUUGUACGGUCUGCAAAUUUUAUCCGUCAGCAUUUUUUCUGUACAUUGUAUUUGUAAAAUUCAAGUAACAUCGGAAGUUGUAAGGCAGUAAUACGAUAAUCGAGCAAUUUGCUGACCCACUCGCUCGACGGCUUAAAACAUGCAUAUGCUUUGAUGCACGUACGGUUCAAUGCUGUUAUGUUCUCGCGAAGAUCGAUAGUUUUAGGAUAAGAGACAGCUAGGACACAUGAGAAAGAAUUCACGCUUUAUAGUACUAACGACGUGACAGAUCGAUUGAUGAAGACUAUUAAUGCUUAAUUACAUCGCUAUACAUGCUAUUAAAGAUGUACAUCCACGAGAUCAGUACAGAGUUAUUCCGUGGUACACUUCGAAGAUGGUGUAUUGGAACAAGGAUGCUGCUUAUGCAUUGUCAAGUUACAAAACUUUAGCAUGGCCUGUAGGAGCAUGGCCUAUUGAGGAUGAUACUCUUUAUUCAAAGCUGCGUUGGUUGUUUGCGAUUGUAAGCGAGAUCUUGCUAGUGAUAACACUUCUGAUGGAUGUCUAUCUCGCCUGUGAGAAUUCUUCCGGAGAUCCGAUUGAUACUUAUGUGGUGACCGCAAGUGCGAUGCUGGUACUUGUCAAACUCACUCUGCUGCGGCUACAGCGAUCCACGCUGUCGAUCAAUCUCAUCUCCGCUAUUCAGGACUGGUGCAGCGUCGAGGACGCGAAAUCCCGCGGAAUCAUGAUCGAGCACGCGCGUAUGGCGAGAAUAAUAUCAUUGUCCCUGUUUUAUUCCGGAUUUUUCGCCUUUAUGCUGUACAUGUUGCGACUCUUGCCUGUCGUGACCUCUAAUAAGAGGACAUUUUAUCUGCCGACGUCCUGUCUCUUCGAGUCUGUCACCAGUCUUCAGUACGUCCUCAUUACGCUCUAUCAGGUGGUUCAGUUGUUCAUUACAUAUGCCGGUAACUGCUGUACGGAAGGUAUUUUUGUCGGUAUCACGAUGCAUCUCUGCGGGCAGCUUGAACUUUUAAUGAUCGACUUUCGGCAGAUCGAUCAGCGUAGACAGAAGUGCAAAGGGAACAACAUCGUUGAGGAACUUGUUGUUAGACAUCGACAAUUGAUAAGACUCACGGAGACUAUUGAAGAUACUUAUAAUAUUAUCAUUUUGACUCAGAUCUUUACCAGCGCUAUUUUGAUAUGCAUAACAGGUUUUGGACUCAUCGAAUCACUGAAUAUUCACGACACAAUCAUGACAGUAAAAAGCAUUGUAAUAAUGAUCGUUAUGUUGAUGCAAUCCUUUCUAUAUUCAUAUGCGGGCGAUAAUUUAAGGGAUCAAAGCGAGGCUCUGUCCUUCGCGGUUUACGAUAGUAAUUGGUGCGAUUUUUCAAUCAACGAAAUAAGAGAUCUAACGUUCAUUAUGGUAAAAACAAAUAUACCUAUUCGUCUUACCGCUGGGAAAUUUUUCUACGUUACACGUGCUACAUUUACGGAUAUCCUGAAGACCGCAGUAUCCUACUUAUCCGCUUUACGUGUUAUGGUUGGGAAACAAGAAGAAAACAAUUAAAAUAUUAUAUAGUUUAAA